AUGGCAGAGGCUAGUGUUUCAGUAGAUCAGUUCAGCUGUCCAGUGUGUCUGGAUCUCCUGAAGGAUCCUGUGACUAUUCCCUGUGGACACAGUUACUGUAAGGUGUGUAUUAAUGGAUUCUGGGAUCAGGAGGACGUGAAGGGCGUCUACAGCUGCCCCCAGUGCAGAGUGACUUUCACCCCAAGGCCUGUUCUAUACAGGAACAACAUGCUGGCUGAAGUGGUGGAGAAACUGAAGAAGACUGAACUCCAAGCUGCUUCUCCUGCUCACUGUUACGCUGGACCUGGAGAUGUGGAGUGUGAUUCCUGCACUGGGAGGAAAUACAAAGCUGUCAAGUCCUGUCUGGUGUGUCAGGCCUCCUAUUGUGAAGCUCAUCUUAAACCUCACUAUCAGUCUCCUGCCUUUAAGAAGCACAAGUUAGUUGAAGCCUGUGCAGAGCUCCAAGAGAAGAUCUGCUCUGAACACGACAAACUGAUCGAGAUCUUCUGUCGUACUGACCAAAGCUUCAUCUGUUAUUUGUGUACAAUGGAUGAACAUAAAGGUCAUGAUACAGUUUCAACUAAAGCAGAAAGAAAUGAAAAACAGCAAGAAAGAAAUGAAACCGAGAAAGAAAGAGAGAAACGGAUCCAAAUAUUCACUGAUGAGAAGCAGGUGUUGCAUGGAGUCCCCGUCUGAUGUGUGCUGUGUUU